AUGUCUGCAAACAGUAGUUCGCUGCCCAAGACGAUUUCAAAUCCGCGGGCCGUUUCUGGCGCGCGGCAAUCGGUGACGGCAGAACACCAUCUGGGUAGAAGUUUCAUCUAUUCGAGUUUCCGGCCGGAUCCCAGCUCUCCUUUGAACUCGAUAGGUGCCACUGUUCACUCAUCCAGUUCCAUCAACGAGACCUCGGUGGGACUCGCAGAUGUUGGCGUGGACAGCAACGAUGAGCCGGCUGCAUUCUGGGGUGACCUAAAUAACACCCCCCCUGACCAAUACGCCGAGGACUAUGCUCCUCUCAUAACAGAAGAUAGUUUGAAAGACGGGUACCAGUCCACAAAUUCUUACCCUGAUGAGACAUACUCCAGCUACAACGGAGACAUAGAGGCACAAGAGAUAGAAUCGAAUUCCGUUUUCAACGUUCCAGCGUACCAGAAGUACGAGCAAUCGAGUCGAAGAGAGUCUGCUUUGGAAACUGUCUGGCAGACUCUCUGGGCGAUCAGAAACGCAGACGCCCACACCAUAGGACAGGAGUGCAUUGUUAAACCGAUCCAGUAUCUUCCAGCGGUGUUCUUGGGGACCUUACUCAACAUUUUGGACGGACUCAGUUACGGAAUGAUUUUGUUCCCAAUUGGAGAGACUGUUUUCAGUGAAAUGGGAGCCCACGGCCUGUCGAUGUUUUAUGUCUCGACAGUCGUUUCACAGCUAGUUUACUCGCUUGGAGGGUCGGCUUUCAAGUCUGGAAUCGGGUCUGAGAUGAUCGAAGUCACUCCAUUUUUCCACCAGAUGGGUAUCAGCAUUAUGACCAGCUUAGGCGACCAGAAAGAUGCAGUUUUGGCUACUACGAUUGUCACCUACGCCAUUUCGUCAAUAGUCACGGGACUCGUUUUUUUCAUACUGGGAAAAUGCCGUUUGGGCCGCCUGGUUGGGUUCUUCCCUCGUCACAUUCUCGUUGGCUGUAUUGGUGGUGUUGGUUAUUUUCUGGUUGUCACAGCAAUCGAGGUGUCUUCCCGUCUCGAGGGAGGACUCGAGUACAAUCUUCCAACGUUGCAGUAUCUACUGUAUCCACUCGUGUUUUGCCAAUGGUUCAUUCCGCUGGUGCUCACAUCCAUCUUGGUGGUUAUCCAACACUACAACUCAAGUGCAAUCAUUGUGCCGUUAUAUUUCAUUGCGGUGUUUGUGAUUUUCCACGGAAUCGUGUACCUGGUGCCGUCGUGGGACCUGCAAAUUGCACGCGACUAUGGCUGGGUGUUUAGCGCUCCCAAGACAGAGACUCCUUGGUACUCGUUCUACCAGUUCUACAAAUUUGACAAAGUCAGCUGGUUGGCAGUUCUAGACCAGGUGCCAACGAUGCUUGCGUUAACAUUCUUUGGAAUUUUGCAUGUUCCCAUCAAUGUUCCUGCUCUCGCAGUGACCGUGGAAAUGGACGAGUUUGACGUCGACAGGGAACUGAUGGCCCAUGGACUCUCAAACGCCAUUUCCGGCCUCUGUGGUAGUAUUCAGAACUAUCUGGUUUACACAAACUCCGUUUUGUUCAUCCGGGCAGGUGCAGACUCGAGACUUAGCGGAGUGAUGCUGGCUAUGGCUACAGCCUGUGUGAUGUGGGCUGGUCCCGUGAUCAUCGGCUAUAUUCCAGUGGCCGUGGUUGGUGCGUUGAUUUAUCUGCUUGGAUACGAGCUUUUGAAAGAGGCUCUCUACGAUACAAAGGGGAAGCUGCGCAAGUUCGAGUACAUCACCAUUUUGAUCAUUGUGGUUACCAUGGGUGCUUGGGACUUUGUGUAUGGUAUUCUUGUUGGUGUGCUUCUGGCGUGCGUCUCGUUUGUCGUUGAGGCAGCCAAGAAACCGGUUGUUUCUGGCAUCUAUACAGGAGAGUACGCCAGGUCGAUUGUGGUCAGACACCCUAAACAGCAGGAGUUCCUCAAGGACGUGGGAAAACAGAUCUAUGUGAUGAAGUUGCAAGGGUCUUUAUUCUUCGGAUCUAUUGGAGGACUCGAGGAGAAAGUGCGUGCUCGCUUUGAGGCAUCUACUUUUGCCAAGGAGCCAAUCAAGUACCUGAUUCUGGACAUGAACAAUAUCAGAAGCAUCGAUUUUUCGGCAGUGGAAGGAUUCAGACGGAUCCGUAAUCUCGUGACAGAAAAGGAUUCUUACAUGAUCAUUUCCUCGGUGAACGAGAACUCAGAAAUCGUGCAGGCUUUGAAGGAUUCCGGUCUCUGGGAGACGAGUGAACACCAAGAACGGAUCCAGCUGUUCAGCAACCUGAACUCGGCUCUGGAAUGGUGCGAGAACAUCUUCCUGGAAGCUUAUAAAGAGCUCAGCAAGAAGAACGAGGUUUCUAGGAAACCGCGGCGGUCGAUUGCUCCUAAUCCACAGAUGGUGGAAACGAUGAUGUCUGGGUCUCCGCGGCACGCGCACCUGAUGCGGGCUGUACGUAAGACGAUGGAUCUGGAUCUGUCCAAACGGAUGGUCUCUACAUCAGGCAGCACAGGCAAGAAUCCGCUGUCUUUGGUGGUCACCGUGAUGCAGGGAGUGAGCGACAACCGCGACGAGCAGUUUUGGAGCCGACUGGUGCCGUACUUGGUGAAACAGGAGCUGGCAGCUAACCAGGUGUUCUACGAAAAGCAGCUGAACCAGCCGUGCUUGUACUUUGUGGAGUCGGGCAUGAUUGGCUACGAUAUCUGUUUCAACAACCUCAAGUUUUUCCUCAACAGUUGGGUGCUUCCAUUGACGCUGUUCGGAGACCUCGUCAAGACACAGAGCGACCGUGUGGUGCGCUACUAUUCCAAUACUGAGAGUAUUGUCUGGAAGCUGGACGAGCCAAGUAUCCGCCGGCUCAAGCAGAAAGAUCGCGAUUUGUACGAGGAGCUUUUGGUGGUAACACUGCGUUUGUUCACGAGCAAGUUUGAUUCCCUUUCGUCGAAUAUCCUGGUCAGUUCAUGA